UACAACAAAAGAGGGCGUGCAGCGCAUGUAAAUCACAACACAAAAUAAUGUUCGGUAAAAAAGGCUAUUAGGUGUUAAUUGUAAACCUGUCGCCGUUUUCUAAUCAGAACAUAAAUCAUCAAAACCAAUUUUCUGAUAUUUUUAGGUAGCCAAAGCCGUACCAAAAGUGGGUUAGGCCUAGCUAGGCCUCUAGCUAGCUAUCAACGUACGUACGGCGUACCCGGUGGAGCUCUGUCCUGCAGUGCUAGAGGAGAGUAACUAGCCUGUAGCACAAUCACAGCACAGGCCUAGGUAGUAGGCCUAGUUAGUUGGAAGAAUGGCAGCAUUAGGAAACACCGGCCAAGAUAGUGGUCCACAUGAUAUGACGCCGAAUUUGUUGUCACUGGUGGAAGAAGCAGAGUCCCUAACAAAGGAACUUUUUAAUGCAACAGCAGCAGCUCGUCAAAAACCUCUUAAUGAUGAUCCCCAGAUAAUGGAGAUGCUUAUGAAGAAAAAUGAGGAGAUAGAAGAGACACUGAAAAAAACAGAACAACAAAGAGAGAAACGAAAAGAGAUGGAGUCACUACAAGAAGAAGUUGAUCGCAGAGACUGUGACGUCAAAAACCUGCAAAAGCACUUGAAAGAAGCGGAGCACAUUCUGGCAACUGCUAUCUACCAGGCAAAGCAGAAACUUGAUGCUAUAGACCAGGCAAGCAAAGGAUCAAUAUCCUCUGAAGAACUGAUCAAGUAUGCGCACAGGAUCAGUGCAACCAACGCUGUUGCAGCACCCUCUACCUGGUCACAAGGAGAUCCCCGUAGACCCUACCCUACGGAUCUGGAAAUGCGAAUGGGUGCACUGGGCAGGUUCAGUAAUCUACCAUUACCAACAAGUGACAGCCAGGGAGGAGGAGGGGAUGCAAUGUCAUCAGGGUCAACCUGGCAACCAUCGUGUGAAGUGAAAGUUAGUAUGAAUAUUCAGUCGUCCAUCACAAGCGCCGAUAUGCCAUUACAACUCUCUACCGGGCAGAACAAAGAAAAUGAGGAGGACGUAGAGAUAAUGUCUACAGAUUCAACUAGUAGCAGUUCUAGUGACAGCCCCUGAAGCAUGCCCUCUAUAGAAUCGGAAUCAGUGUAUGACUUUAAUAUGUUCCAAUGCACUUGCGAAUAUGGUUAUACUCAUUUACCGCUAUUUCUACGGCUCAACACUAGCCCAUACUGUAUCUCUGAUCUGUUAAUGCCAUAUUUUCCUGGUCAUGUUUCACUAAGAUCCACCAACAAGUCACUACUGAAAGUUGAGCCGUCCUAUUUCUGUUUGUGCUCCAGUUUUGUGGAACAGAUUACCAUCUGACCUAAAAGAAAUCAUAGAAUCUGACAUCCUUUAAGUCUGAACUCGAAACAUUUUUAUUAAGAAAUGUCAAUUUUGGGUGCAGAGCGGAUAUUGGCAUGCUACAAAUGCUUGAUAUUUUUUAUUAUUUAUUUUGGUGACUUUGUAAAAUUAUGAAACGCUGUUAAUGUGUAAUGAUUUCGCUGCAAAUUGCACUGCAAUGAUGUGAAAGUACGCCCUCUAUAGAAUCACUAUCAAGUUUCACAAUGGUGAGAAGCACAACUUUAUAGAAAGAUCAGAAGAAGGCUGGUGUAAAAGAACAUUUUUUUCGAAAGUUUGGAAGUUGAAUUUCCUAACCUAAUAGUAAACAAACAUCUCAAUUCCAUAGAGUAUAGUGAGGCAAGUUGGCCCAGAAGUGAUCAGGAAUGCAUCAAAAUUGCCACUCUGAAGAGCAGCAAUGUCUAUGGAUUUGAUUAUAAUAUUGCAGCAAAAUACACACAAUUAUUGUCAUUGCGUAUUUGAGUGGCCAGCUUAAUUUUAAACAUCUCGGGUUAGGAAACCUACUGGCUACAAAGCUUUUAAUAUAGGUGAUGAAAAAAAGAGCCCUGUCCAGACUAUCAAAUUUUGUUUGAAAAUCUGGCUCAGUAUGGCUCAAAUUGUAUUUUUAGACCACAAUAUUAGGGAUUGGCAAUCAAAAUAACAUUAUUUGGAUAGGCAAAUUAUCUGACGAUCUUGUUGGACAACACUGGGUCCAGGUCAGUCUGACGGGAGGGGUUCCCUCCAUGCCCCUUCGCAGUCACCACCACUGUGUGUAUGUACAUGGAUGAUCAAAAUAAUCCAAUCUCAACAGAGCUUAAAAGAGUUCCAGACCGAUUGCUGAUUACAAUCAUGCAUGCACUACGACCAAGCACUUUAUUGGUAUGUGUACCUGGUAUGAUGUAUAUUCAUAAAAUUAAUGCAGAGAUUUAGUUGAAAUAGUGAUUUGAUCAAAUAAUAAUGAAUAUUCAUUAAAUUGUUGAAUUAUUCAUAA